AUGAUUACUGAGAUUGGGAGCAGGAGGACGAAGGCGCCGGUGGGGACGCUAGGCAGGGUGAUGAUGACGGCUGGCGGCGGGGACGCCGGAGAGGGUAAGGGUUUUGAACUCGGGAGGGAAUCGGCGAGUGGGUCGUUUUGGGGAAAACCUGGCAUGUUUGGGGGAAGAGAUGAAAUCGUGCAUGGCAUAGAUUGUGAAUUGGGAAUGACAGAAGAGAAGUUGAGAGUUGAGAGAGGAGGCGGCAGAGGAAGAAUCCACGAUUGGGGAUGGGGAAGAUUCUGCGGCGUGACCAAGGAGGCCGAGAUAUUCAUAUGUUGUUCGGAUUGCGGGAAGGUGCUGAACGAUAGAAUCAGUCUGCAGCUGGUGCUGGCGGAGAGGAAAAAGAAGAACAAGAAAGCAGGAAAGGUUGGUAGUAAGGACGUUCCUCCGCCGGCGGAGGUCGACGGGGUGAUGACCGGUGAUGGAUGAAAGAUCCGCCGGCGGGGAGUUUUUGGGCCCUCUGGCUAUAGCCUCUAUAUAUAUUGUUUUUUGGAUGGGCUUGGGCCUUGGGCUACCGAAUUGGGUAUUGGAUUGUCCUGAUCGAAGUAAAUGUAGUGUACUAGUGUUCUGCAGAGGGCAGCCUGUAUUCAUUUUUUAAUAAUUCGUUGUUGAUUGUGAUUAUUCAACUUUGGAAAACACAUGGAUUACUUAUGG